AUGCGCGGGCGGGGUGAGCUCCCCAAGGCGAGGUCCAUUCUUAUCAUGGACAACUUGCACGCGCAGACCACAGACGAGUUCAAGGAGUAUCUUGCGAAGCACUGCAAUACUCUCGCCUGGUAUGGCCCUUCGGAGUACACGAACGAGAUGGACAUAUGGCUCGAGCAGUCGGACAACCUCGAGAGGUGGGAAACCGCGUCGCUGACGGCUUCUGAUCGGCGCGUCCUGAUCACUCAGUGGAUGGGAGCGGCCAUGGCAAGACUCAACAGCCAACAGGCGUACCGAUACCGUCUUUUCGAAAAGUGCGGGAUGGCCAUGACCGUGGAUGGCUCGGGCGAUGAUCGAAUCACCUUGGAGGGUUUGGACAAGCCGUAUACCUUCGCUAACGAUGAAGACAGUAGCGACGACGAACAAGGUCCGGAGAACGGCAACGAUGCGCCUGAGGGGCGGGCGGAGGAGGGCGAUGGAGGACGUGAGACGCUCAUGGAGGGCGUUGACUCCAGCGAUGAAGACGACGGCGACAUCUCUCAACCCCAGACCGACGAGCUAGCUCUUCUGGACGGCGAUGACGACAGCAUGGACCAACAAGACCCGGUGGAUGAGAUACAGGGAAUGGAGAUCCCGGCAGGCUUUCGUAUUCAAGAAGCUAAAUCCGUUGCUCUUGACAGAUUGCUUUUGCGGCGUGGAGUGCUCGUUAGGCUGGGCAUGGGGUGGUUUGGAGGGCUGAUCGCUCAACAAUCUCAGAAGGAGACUCGCCACCUGUACGACUACUGUGUGCAGCUGGAGCUAGACCAGAGUACGCGCAAGAUGAAGUUGCCCUUAGACAAGUACAGCGGAGAUUCGGAUGCGGCUGUAGGCUCCUGUUUUUUUUUUUUCUUAUCACACAACAAAUAA